AUGUACGCAAACCCAGAUUUCUCCGCUCAAAUUCGAGAACUCCAACAACAGCUCGAGGCACUUCGGACAAACGUUCCUGCGAACAGAGAUGAGACGCCGCGCACGCACACACGUGUUACCGUGCAUUUGCCAAAAUUCACACACAACGACCCGCACCUGUGGUUUGCUCAAGUGGAGCGAUCAUUCCGUUUGCACCACAUUGUCGACGACACUGACAAGUUCGACUUGGUGACACUGCAUUUGGAAGAAGAUGUGGUUUUGGCUGUGGAGGAUUUGGUCACUCGUCCACCGGCAGACAACAAGUACGCAGCAAUCAAAACUCGCUUGCUGCAGAAGUUCGCUGAAUCGCCCGAGUCAAAACUGCGACGACUACUUCAAGGAGGAGGUGCCACCGGAUUAAAGCCUUCGGAAAUCUUGGCAAAUAUGCGACGCUUGGCCCCGGAUCCUGGCAGCGAAAACAUCAUUCACACCCUAUUCCUGGCUGAGAUGCCAGCCUCCAUUCGUCCGCUGCUCACCGUAUGGGAUGAGUCGGACUUGGACAAGCUUGCGAAGAUUGCAGACAAAAUGCUCGAAGCCGUUAGCACGAACGCCUCGUUUGCCAUCGGCACAUCUUCAACUGCUGUUCCUCCAGCAAAUCCGGCUAUCUGCGCAGUUGCCCCUGCAGAUCCAUUGAAAGAACUUUCUGACAAUUUACGUUCGCUCAUGCAAGAUGUCACGGCAUUAAAAAAGGAUGUCAAGCGCAUCCAAUCACGCAACCGAUCACGCAGUUCAUCUCGUGGCGCCAGACCAGCGGACAAUUCCGGUCAACAGACUUCAGGAGCACAGGAAAAUCUUUGUUUUUACCACAAGCGUUUUGGUGACAACGCAAAUAAAUGCCGACCACCCUGCGCACGCUCCACGUCGUUAAACUAG